CCAUUCCGGCCAUCUGAUGCUGGGAGAGUGUCUAAAACACCAAAGGAAGCUAGCAAUAGGUCAAUUGAGCCCACUGUGACGUUUUCACGGCUCCAGCUUGGCUCUGCCUGUGCGUCUUUGCUAUAGGGAGAACGCUCGUAUUUCCUGGCCCCGAUUAGGCAGAGAAGAAGUGUGCCGGGCCCGUCCCCAUCGCCAUCGCGGCAGCCUUCCGUCUCUCUUUGUCUCUCUCUGCCCGGCCUGCGUAGCUCAGACACAUAAAAUGGGGGAAAACAAACAAAACACUCAUCAACGCUAACAAGGAUCUCUCUAUGUCCAGCGCCAGCGGGUCCACUUAUACCUGGGAAACAGCGCUGUAAAGACGGAGAAUAUGGGGAUUCCUAUUGAUUCUGCAAUACGAAAGACGAAGAAGAAGAGGGUAUGCCGGCUUCGAAGACGAAAUGCCAUGAGGGCCUCCGAUUUCCCUCUUCGGAACCACCCUCUGUCCAGUGCGAUGAGGCCAGACCAGAUACAACAGCACAGGCAGCGACAACGAGCACGCCACAGCUCAGAUUACACGUCAGAGCUGGUCAAUAGGCUUGGGGAUGAGUUCUUGGUGAACAUACUCGAGUAUGGGGAUGCUGAUGGAGAUGCCCGUGAAGACGAGCAUACAGUGAGAUUUGAAGACACUCCACACGUUGUCACAAACAUCGACUCCACGAGCGAGGCCGUGAUGGAGGGAGAUGAGGCUAUACGAAGCGCUACAAGCAGACUAUCGCAAGCCAGAAGGCUCUUUCUUGAUGCAUUGCACCCGAAUAGCGCUGAUUUGGAUCAAAUCGAGGUGAAUUAUUCAACGCUGAGGGAGCUGGAGGGAAGAGGUGAGGCGAACGAGGAACAACUCUCCGAUGAUCUGCCUGAGGAUCUGUUGAAUGAGUUUCUCUCUCAUGGGGUACGAUAUCUUAGUGGGAGAAGGUCUUCAGAGACCCGCCAGUCUCGCCUACGUCGGCUACGUCGUUUUGGUAGAUUACGUGGAACAGCAGAAGAACAAGGCGAAGAGCAAGAGGGAAACAAUAGCGAAGCUACAAGAGAAUCGAGAAGGGCAAGACAUAGAGAGGUGUUUCUCAUGGAGCAAGGGGAAUAGUACGUCGUUUGUUAUGAAAUCAUUAUUCUAAUUAUUAAACGUCAAAGCCU